CCGCCUGGGAUGCUGUAAAGACGCGCGGUGCCUCUCUGUUCCCAGUAAUUGACAGCUGCCGAAAAAGAAGCGACACGAUUGGACGCGUUUAAAGAAUAGUACUUGCGCGAAAAUAAGUUUAACAGUGUGACACAAGUUUUGCAAGAAGAAGAAGAAGGACUCAUAAAUGUUGAACUGUGUCACUGUAAUGAUUUAACAAAAAAAAAAAAAAUACUAUAAAAACGUGUCGUUGAAACUAUGCGAGUGUGAAAUGAAAGAUCGAAGAAAGGAUCUACGACGUGGCUCGUCAAUGUGGAUUUUACUCUUAACGUGAAUGUGUCUUUUAGAUCUAACAAGGAUUCCGACAUGUCCUAGGGUUCAUUUUCAUCCAUCGUUUUCGUCGAUACUGCUCUGGUCCUUAGAGACGACGAGUAAAAGGACCCGGAUGCAGGAUGAAUCUGGAACAUCAAAAGAUAGAUGGUUGCACUCAGCAACCUUUAUUUUUGACCGGUACUUCUGGAUCUGGUGGAAUAUCAGCUCCCCAACAACAAAACGUUCCAACCAAUGCAACACCUCCUGAACAUUAUGGUGGACCAUUGAGUUUAAGUAUCUGCAUAUCGGAUUCCGGUCACGAGAUACUUAGGCCAAAACCAAGACGUCCUGGUGGUGGUAGCGGACGUGAAGUAUAUUGUCCCCCAUACACAAAGGAUUUUACAGAAAAUCAGAAAAGUGGUGUCCACAAUAUGGUUCAUAUGGUUGCGGAAAGGGACACGGAUAGCGUUGCGCCUACUCCGACCCCUCAACAUCCUCAUCCCUCUCAGCAUCAUCAUCUCAGCUUGCACGAGCUCAGAGUACUUCAGAGGCGACCAGAAUGCGCUGGUAAUAGCUCCUCCGACGAGAAUCGAUCGUCCGGGCACGCAAGCAUGUCGGAUACCGGUGGUCAUACAAGCAGCAGUUCUCCGCCUCAUCGUCAUCACAGGUCGCACAGUCCUCAGCAACUGAACUCUGUGCCGGAAGAUGAUAGAUUGUCAGCUUCGGUUACCCAAAGAAAUGGUAGAAGCAGAUCCGGACAGAAUCGUAACAGACAUCGUGCAACCCCUGCUAAGCUGCAGGUACCAUGGUCGGGUUCUGGUCUGGAGGACAUAAAAUUAGCGAUUCAGCAACUAACCAUGCGUUCCCACAAGUCUUCCUCGACUUAUUCGUCGUUGAGUGGUUCGGAGAGUUCCGAGCCAGCAGUUAGAAGACUGAUGAGACAUAGUAGUUUAGAAACGAUCAACACUAACGUUACCAGUGCUGAUGAAUUCGUUUGGGUCGACUCUCACAAUAGACUGGUCGAGUUGCAACAAUUACCAUGGACUCAUCAUGAUGUAUUACGAGUAUUGCAGAAUGGUCGUACGAGGGAACAUAUGGAACAAGUUUCAAUGGAGACCAUUCCUAGACUAUCUUAUUUGUUACAACGUGCUUUGGUCAGAAUCAGUCGUGAAACUCAACGAUUGGCAAAGCCUAUUGGUCUUUGUAGCAAACACGAAGUCUACAGUGCAUUUAAGAUCGUCCUUUGUCCAGCCUUGGCAGAUUCUUGUACGAAGGCUUGUCUACGAGCAGCUGCUAUGUUUGCUGUGUCCGGCGAUCAGCUGAAGCAAUCGAAGGCAUCUCGUUCGGGACUGCAAUUACCUGUUGGUCGAUUUCUCCGUUGGAUGUCGGACGUUAGGCUUGGAAGAAUGGUGCACGAGUAUGCUGCGGUAUACCUAACGGCAGGUAUCGAAAAUCUCUUGGAAGAGAUUUUGUUGCAGUGUAUGCCAACAGAACCACACACUACUCUAACUGCUACGAUGUUGGAACAUGUAAUAGCAAACAGUGGUGACUUGUGGGGUCUACUACAGCCUUAUGCUCAUCUUAAUGCUGGACGUAUUGCUUCUGGUGCUCUCGCAAUGCCACGUUGGGCAAGCGUGAGUUCACUGAAUUCUUCAUCAUCUUCUCGAAGUGGUAAAGAAGCGAUAGGAUCCACAUUGGAACCAUCCUUUCUAACAACAUGUAUUGGAUCAAUGUCCGAACUAAUCGAGCUCAUAUCGAAGGUAGCACAGUCUGGAAGAUGUCCAGUACCUUUAACAUCUAAAGCUUUGAAUGCUUUGUUCUAUUACAUGAGGUGUUCCCAACUCGAACAUGGCGAGAGAGGUUCGGGAAUACAAGAGUUAGCUUACGAAAGAGCUUAUGUCGUUCUUCCACCAUUGAUCGAGUGGUUACGUAUAGCAGCAGCUCACGCCGAGCAUCGACAUGCUCUUGCCGUCGAUCAGGAUGACAUUAAUCAAGCUGCUAGAUUACUUUUACCUGGCGUUGAUUGUCCGGUUAGACCGAUAUGUUCUGAGGAAAUUACAGUUUGCUCGAAACGUAUCGACGAUUCCGAGUACGUACGUCUUUUGACAACUGACAUGGCUUUCAAGAUGUUGACCAGUGGUCGAGGAGAACUCAUAGCACAGGCUAUGCCAUUGUUACCAUCGACGAAAAUCAACACUGUCAACGAUAGCGGUUUUACUGCAUUGAUGUUGGCUUGUAUUAAUGGAGACGAGCAAGCUGUGGCAGCUUUAUUGGAUGCUGGAGCAGAUUUGAAUAUUGAGAGUCCACCUCCAAGUACUAGUCAAUCGUCUAGCACUCCAUCGAAAGUAUCAUCCACCUCGUCGAGUACUGCUAUCGUGAGAAGUCCUGUCAAUCAGUCGAUGAUGACAACACCAACCAAUAAAAAUGGUUCAACUUCGUCACCGAUUGGUUCUCCUUGUAGUAAUUCGAAUAACGCCUAUUACGUUCAGACCGGAUUCAAUGCUGAAACGCAACACUGGACUGCCCUGACUUAUACAGCAUUGUUAGGUCAUUGUAAUAUUGCUAGAAUGUUGUUGGAAAGAGGAGCAGCUGUAGAAGGUGGUGCAAAAGUCAGCGAAGAUAAGUGUACUGUUACACCAUUACAAGCUGCUACUGCAUCCGGCAACAACGAGAUGGUAGCUUUGCUUUUAGCUCACAGUGCACAACCAUUCUUGUCUACUUUGAUAAAAGAUUCAUUUUCUUACACGGGUUCGGCUCAACGUGGUUGCUAUAGCGCAGUAUCGGUGGCAACGGCACACGGUCAAAGAAGUUGCCUUCAUCAGCUGUUAUCUCAUCCAUUAAAUUUCUCAGCGAAACGUGGAGAAAAAGAAAUCUUGUCUUUGGAGGAAAUACUCGCGGAAGGUAAUGCGAGUACCAAUCCUCAGCAACAAACUGUCGAUGGGAAAAAUGGUCACAGAGAGGGUAAAGAACCGGUGUUUAACAAGUUACAAACGAAGGCACUUCAAGAAGCAAUGUAUCACAGUUCUGAAAGCAAUCAUUUAGACAUAACUAUGGAACUUCGUGGGUUGAAAGUAGGAUGGACUUUGCAUUGUUGGAUGCACAGUCUUGCAACUGCACAUGAAAUGAGAAUAGAUUCGGUUAUAGAUCAAUUGCUUCAAGAUUUUCUACAAGUUUGUCCUGAUGAUUAUUCAACCCAAUUCGUACAGGAAUGUUUACCACUUUUAUUUAACAUAUUUCGUUACAGCAAGAAGGAAGGUACAACGCUUCUUCUUGCUGAUAUAUUUUGCACAUGUUUUGGUUGGGAGCCAAUCAAACCGAUCAGAGAUACAACACUUUCAAGUGGUUCAAGAAUAGAUCCGAAAUUUGUCAAUAAUCCUGAACUAAGUGACGUACAAUUUAGAGUCGAAGGAAGAGUCUUUUAUGGGCAUAAAAUUGUUCUGGUAACAUCGUCACCAAGAUUUCGAAAUAUGUUAAGUUCUAAAUUAUGCGAAGGCAAUCCACCAAUCGUACAAAUCAAUGAUAUCAGAUAUCACAUCUUUCAAAUGGUCAUGGAAUUUCUUUAUCACGGAGGAUGUGCAACUUUGGAAGUCAAUCAGAGCGACGUUUUAGAACUAAUGGCAGCUGCUAACUUCUUUCAACUUGAUGGUUUAUUAAGAUAUUGUGAAGCCCAAUGCUCAGCAAUGGUCGAUUUAGAUAAUAUCGUUUCUAUGUAUAUUCAUGCGAAGGUUUAUAACGCAGCUCAACUCUUAGAAUAUUGUCAAGGAUUUUUAUUGCAAAAUAUGGUCGCACUAUUAACGUAUGAUGAUUCCGUAAAACGUUUAUUGUUUGCUAAAAAAUUACCAAAUCAUGAUGUUCUAGCAGGCCUUUUACUUACUCUACAAGCAAGGAUAAAAGCAAGAAGAUCUCAACAAGUAAAUAAAAUUAAAACGUAGAACGUUUGAAUAUUUGCCAAGCAUUAAAUGCACUGGAGAAUAGUAGAAAUUAAAAAAUAAAAAAAAAAUAUAUAUAUAUCAAAAAAUAAAUAGAUUCGUUCUAGUAACUUUUAUAAACAUAUUGUAAUUAUGAUAUCAAUCAAAUGCUGUUUUAUACAUUCAGUACACCUAAUUUUAAAUAUCAAUUACUUGAAAUGUAUAUUAUAUGUACAUAUCACUUAAAAAAAAAAAAAUAGAAGAAUACUCUUCAUUCGUAAACGAAUAGAUCAAACGUAAUUAGUUUUUUUAAUUGAAAAAAGUUAAAAUUGACAUUGACCAUGUUUCUAGUUUAUUUUUUAACAAUCCAAUAAAAAAGUUCCUGUAUUUGCAUCGGUACUUGUUCAAUCACAUAUUUUUCAUUUGUAAACAGAAGUAAUGAAGUAAACAAAUUACAUAAUAAUAAUAUAUAAUUUUGAUCGAAGUCAAUGACAAUUUUAUGGCAUUUAAUUUAAUUUAAAAAUUGUAAGAAUCUUGGUAAAGAUUUUAGAAUAAAAAGAAAAUCUCGAGCGGGAAUAAACAAUAAAAUGUUAUCACUGUUAAAGUGCUAUUUAUUUAGAAUGUUAAUGAAUAUCUUUAUGUACAAUAUGUAGAUUAUAAUCCUAAUGAUAAUGUAAUUACUUGGAUUUUUGGAUCGUGGAAUGCCUAUAAUAUAAUUAUAUAUGAAAUUGGGUUGGAUUUUCAAAAAGGGACUAUCUCAAUUGAUUUCGUCAUUCAGUUAUAGCCUUUACAUGUGGCAAAUAUGCAUAACAGUCAAUAAAUCCAAAAUUUUUUUUGUAUUCUCAAUGUAUAACACGAAAUGAAAAAAAA